CAUGUAUCAACCAGACUUAACAUUAUACUUGUUAGCAAGUAUAGUGAGCAAAUGAAAGAGCAAUUCUCAGUAAAAUGAUAUAUGUACACAGGUGCUCACCAGUUUUGCACAAAUCUUUAAAAUAGUUUAAUGAACUUUUAAACAGCAUACAAAGAAACAAGUUUCACUAAGACAUGCUCACAUACGUCAUUGUUGUUCUACACCCCCACCCCCAUCUCAUCAGUUCUAAUUUCAAUCAGCUACAGGUCAUGGGCCAACCCGUCUUUUGCCAGGAGAAAAAAAAAGUUGUUAACAUAUUUUAAGCUAUUCUGUUUCUUGAAAACUUGAUACCUUUAAAAAAAUGUCACCAAGUAGUGGCACAAGUCUUUAAUUUCAGCAAUGAAAUGAGCCAGCCUCGUCUACAAAUAAGACUUGUAGGAAAUGCCAGGGCUAAAUAGAGAGACCCUGCACACCCUCACUCUCCACUAAACAAAACCAAACCAAAACAAGCCAGAAAUAUUUUGCCAAAAUUGCAUUACAGUGAAGACUCUCCAACCCCAUUCGUCUGUACCUGCAAAACUGAAAAAUGGGUGCUAAAGAGAUGACUCAGUAUUUCAGAGUACUUGCUGCUCUUCUUGAGGACCAGAGUUAAAUCCUUGGCACCCUGUCCUGAAGCUCACAACCUCAGCUUCAGAAUGUUUACCUCUCGAUCUAAGUUACCUUUGGGAGGCAGCGUGUUACGAUUAUCUAAAUUAAAGAGUUACACGUUCGACGUUAUCACAAUCUGGGCAGAAGUACAGAAAGCCAACGCAGCCAAGGCCUCUCCCGAGAGGUCUUUGGAUAGCUUAGAGAAGGGCAGUCCUCCAAUGUCACUCAGACUUUGGGGUCACACAGUUAUGGGUGGGACUUCCAGCCUCUACUAAAGAGAAACUGCAAGUCUCCCUUGGCUUUUUUUUUUUUUCCAUUGACCUUGAGCUAUUCUGUGUCACUUUCUAAGUCUUUGAAAGUCCGACCUUGAGAGGCCUAGGUAGUCACCUGCCACAGGCCACCGCAAAAAACGCAGAACAAACAGUAAGGCUGCAACUAGCGCCCGGAGAGCUGGCGGUCUCUCGCUUCGGGGUCCGAUAGGCCAGCGUCAGGAUUCCAAGGAGCGCUCCGAGGUCGGCCGGAAUGGGUCCCUUUGCCAGGAGGAGGGCGCUCACGGGGCGGAGCGCAACUGAAGAGGCGUGGCCUGAGCGCGAGUCUUGGAAGGAGUCUGGGGGCGUGGGACAACCUUUGGGCGGAGCCCAACCAAGGGGGCGUGGUCCUAGCGGGCGGGUCCGACCUCGGACCCCACCCCCGCGUCCUUUCUACCGCCCCCGCAGAAGGAAAGGGAGAGGGACAGAGGGAGGGAAAGUGGUGUUCUGUGGAAAGGGGCGGAAGGAGUGGAAAGCAAAAGAGAAAAGGAAACAGAAACAUGGCGGUCUGUAGUCGGGACAGUCUCGCCGCGGGCAGCGCCUAGACCUCCGUCCUCCCGCAGCACUCGCGGCCCGCGAGCCCCUCGGUCGGCAGUUGCUCUCGCUGCAGGCUGUGUCCCUGGAGAGCCGGCCGCGCUGAGGCGCAGGCGCAGAGGGGCCACCGGAGUCCCGGCCCUGCCAGCGAGGGUGUCCAGGCCGCGUAGCCGGCGCUUUCUUGCCUCAGGAAGCUACGGUGUCGGCUCGGUCACCGACUGGGCGGGCGCAGGAAAUAGAACAGCCAUCAUGAUAGAAGACAAAGGACCAAGAGUGACAGACUACUUUGUUGUGGCAGGUCUCACUGAUACAUCCACUCUUUUGGAUCAAGAAAUAAAUCGUAUAGAUACAAAUAAAUCAAUUGGCCCUAAAGCUCCAAUCACAGACAUUGCUGUUAUUAUCAAAUCAGCUGGGGAAACUGUACCUGAAGGUUACACCUGUGUUGAAGCCACUCCAUCAGCACUCCAAGCAAACUUGAAUUAUGGAAGUCUAAAAAGCCCAGAGCUUUUCCUGUGUUAUAGGAGGGGGAGAGAUAAACCACCCCUGACAGAUAUUGGAGUGCUAUAUGAAGGGAAAGAAAGGCUUAUUCCAGGAUGUGAAGUGAUCCAAGCCACGCCAUAUGGCCGCUGUGCCAAUGUCAACAAUAGUUCAACUACUUCUCAGAGAAUCUUUAUCACCUAUCGAAGGGCUCCUCCAGUGCGGUCCCAGAAUUCCUUGGCUGUAACUGAUAUCUGUGUUAUUAUAACCAGUAAAGGAGAAACCCCUCCUCAUACUUUCUGCAAAGUUGAUAAAAACUUAAACUGUGGCAUGUGGGGUUCCAAUGUGUUUCUGUGUUACAAGAAGUCUGUUCCUGCUUCAAAUGCAAUAGCAUACAAGGCUGGUUUGAUUUUUCGAUAUCCGGAAGAAGACUAUGAGUCUUUUCCGCUCUCAGAAUCUGUGCCUCUCUUCUGCCUUCCUAUGGGAGCCACUAUUGAAUGCUGGGAUCCUCAAACCAAAUAUCCACUUCCGGUUUUCUCAACAUUUGUCCUGACAGGUUCUUCAGCUGAAAAGGUAUAUGGAGCUGCCAUCCAGUUUUAUGAGCCUUACUCUCGGGACCUUCUCACAGAGAAACAACUGUCACAGCUGGGCCUGCUGACCCCCGUGGAGAGAAAAGUGGUCUCUAAGCCCAUCAAUUCAAACAAGUGCAUUUGUUUGCUUUCACACUGGCCUUUUUUUGAAGCUUUUAAGAAAUUUCUUAUGUUUAUUUACAAAGUCUCUGUGUCUGGACCACAUCCUCUUCCCAUUGAAAAGCACAUUUCACAUUUUAUGCAAAACAUCCCUUUUCCUUCGCCACAAAGACCAAGAAUCCUUGUACAGCUAUCCGUCCACGAUGCCUUAAUAUUAUCACAACCAGUUUCCACACCUUUGCCGUUAAGUGGAGCCAACUUUAGUUCCUUGCUGAUGAAUCUGGGUCCUGAGAAUUGUGCAACAUUGCUGCUGCUGGUUUUACUUGAGAGUAAGAUUCUGCUACAUUCUCUUAGGCCAGCUGUACUGACUGGGGUAGCCGAAGCUGUUGUUGCUAUGAUCUUUCCAUUUCAGUGGCAGUGCCCAUAUAUCCCUCUUUGUCCUCUUUCAUUGGCUGGAGUGCUUAGUGCACCUUUACCAUUUAUAGUUGGAGUGGACUCAAGGUACUUUGAUCUUCAUGACCCACCACAAGAUGUUGUUUGCAUUGACUUGGAUACGAACACGUUAUAUGUAGCGGAUGAAAAAAAGAACACAAACUGGAAGCAGCUUCCCAAAAAGCCGUGCAAGAGUCUGCUUGGCACCCUGAGGAAGCUGUAUCUCCAGCUCUGCUCAGUUCACCGAAAACCUCAGGAAAGUUCAGCAAUUGAGAUGACUCCAAUUGAAGCAGAUUUCUCUUGGCAAAAAAAGAUGACACAACUUGAGAUGGAAAUUCAAGAGACAUUUUUGCGAUUUAUGGCAUCUGUUUUAAAAGGAUACAGGUCAUAUCUCAGACCAAUCACAGAAGCUCCCUCCAAUAAAGCCACAGCUGCAGACUCACUGUUUGACCGACAGGGUUUUUUGAAAAGUCGGGAUCGUGCCUAUACAAAAUUUUAUACACUUUUAUCCAAAACACAGAUUUUUAUUCGUUUCAUUGAAGAAUGCAGUUUUGUAAGUGAUAAAGAUACUGGAUUAGCAUUUUUUGAUGAUUGCAUUGAGAAGUUGUUUCCAGAUAAAGGUGUAGAGAAAACAGACAAGGUUGAUUUGGAUUCAGCAGAAGACACCAAAUUGAUAGAGCUAGACGACUCACAGAAAAGCGAGCACACUGUAUUUAUAACGCCCCCUGAGCCCCCUCCAGAUGACGGGAGUGACCUGUCACCUCAGUACAGUUACACAUACUUUCCAAGAUUGGAUCUUAAGCUUUUUGACAGCCCACAGGAGCCGAAAUUGCGCUUCAGUAGACAUCCUCCUGGGAGUGGCAUUACAAAUAGCCCUGCCCUCAUGGCUAAAAGAACUAAACAGGAGAUAAAAACAGCUCAUAAGUUGGCGAAGAGAUGUUAUACAAAUCCACCACAAUGGGCCAAGUAUCUAUUCAGCCAUUGUUACAGUUUGUGGUUUAUUUGUCUCCCAGCCUAUGUUAGAGUUUCUCACCCUAAGGUCCGAGCACUCCAGCAGGCACAUGAUGUGCUUGUUAAGAUGAGGAAGACAGACGUGGAUCCACUAGAUGAGGUGUGCUAUCGAGUGGUAAUGCAGCUUUGUGGACUUUGGGUUCAUCCUGUCUUAGCAGUGAGAGUCUUGUUCGAAAUGAAAACUGCUAGAAUAAAACCAAAUGCUAUUACUUAUGGCUAUUAUAAUAAGGUAGUUUUGGAGAGCCCAUGGCCCAGCAGCACUCGCAGUGGUAUUUUCUUGUGGACGAAAGUACGGAAUGUCGUACAUGGUUUGGCCCAAUUUAGACAACCACUUAAAAAGACUGGGCAAAAAUCACAGGUCUUUUCAAUAUCAGGCGGUCAGUCUGACCAGGGCUAUGGCUCGAAGGAUGAGCUCGUAAAGGAGGAUGCAGACAUCCACGCAUCGGAAGAGCACAUGCCACAGGAACUGACAGCCACAGAACUGCACAUUGAAGAGGAGUCUGACCUAUCUACCAUUGUCCCAAAACACUCGCAACCUACUCCAGAACCUCAGAGUCCUACUGAGCCUCCUGCAUGGGGCAGCAGUAUUGUGAAAGUCCCAUCCGGGUUAUUUGAUACCAACAAUAGGACAAGUAGUACUGGUAGUUCUUCAAAUGCGCUAUUUUCUACUCAAGCUCCAGUCGAGGAUGCAGUCUUCGGUGAGGCUACUAAUUUCAAGAAGAGUGGUGAUAGAGGAGAAAAAAGACAGAAGCAUUUUCCAGAGAGGAGCUGUAGCUUUAGUUCUGAAAGUCGAGCGGGGAUGCUGCUUAAGAAGAGCAGUUUGGAUCUCAAUUCCAGUGAAAUGGCCAUCAUGAUGGGAGCUGAUGCCAAGAUCCUCACAGCAGCACUGACAUGUCCUAAGACUUCUCCGCUUCACGUCGCAAGAACUCAUAGCUUCGAGAACGUUAACUGUCAUCUAGCUGACAAUAGGACUCGUGUGUCCGAAGGCAUCUGGGAUUCUGAGCAUAGAUCAUCUCCUGUGCUAGAGAUGCUGGAGGAAAGCCAGGAGCUCCUGGAACCUGUGGUUGGUGAUACUGUGGCAGAGACUGCAGUAGAGAUGUCAUUUAACAAUGUACAAAGUAACAGUAACAGUAACCAGUCCAGAGACACAAAAGCAGGAUCCCAAGAUACAGUGAAUAAGAGGAGCAGUUCCUAUACUACUGGGAAAGCCAUUGAGAGGGAAGAUGUUGAAACUGGACUAGAUCCUUUGUCUCUUUUAGCCACUGAAUGUGUAGAAAAAACUUCUGAUUCCGAAGAUAAGUUAUUUUCUCCAGUAAUUUCACGUAAUCUGGCUGAUGAAAUUGAAAGUUACAUGAACCUAAAGAGUCCGCUAGGUAGUAAAUCUUCUAGUAUGGAAUUGCAUGGAGAGGGGAACCAAGAACCUGGCUCUCCUGCUUUGUUUACUCACCCUUUAGAAAGGAGAUCGAGUCUACCUUCAGCACAAGACAGUACUGAGAUUGAGAAGAGCCCCCCUGCAGUGUCCAGGUCUAAAACGCUGACUGGGCGUUUCAAGCCACAGACUCCUUACCGCACUUACAAAGACCGGUCCACUUCCUUAUCUGCAUUAGUCCGUUCUUCACCAAACAGCUCUCUGGGUUCUGUAGUAAAUUCUCUAUCAGGGCUAAAGUUGGACAAUAUACUCUCAGGGCCCAAGAUAGAUGUCCUAAAAUCUAGUAUGAAACAAGCAGCAACAGUAGCCAGUAAGAUGUGGGUGGCUGUAGCGUCUGCCUACAGCUACUCAGAUGAUGAGGAAGAACCUAAUAAAGAUUAUAGUUUCCCAGCUGGCCUAGAAGAUCAUCAUAUACUGGGGGAGAGUCUGUCGCCUACUACAAGUAUCUCAGGGUUGGUUCCCAGUGAACUUACCCAGAGCAGCACCAGCCUCGGCAGUAGUAGCAGCAGUGGAGAUGUUGGGAAAUCGCAGUGUCCAACAGGUGAAGUUCCAUUUUCAAGAAAUAUCAAAGGGCAGGACUUUGAAAAAUCAGACCAUGGUUCUUCUCAGAAUACCAGUAUGUCUAGCAUCUAUCAAAAUUGUGCGAUGGAGGUUUUGAUGUCAAGUUGCUCGCAGUGUAGAGCUUGUGGAGCUCUGGUUUACGAUGAAGAAAUCAUGGCUGGGUGGACAGCAGAUGACUCAAAUUUGAAUACAACCUGCCCAUUCUGUAAAAGCAACUUCUUGCCUCUUCUCAAUGUAGAGUUUAAAGACCUGAGAGGCUCUGCCAGCUUUUUCUUGAAACCAAGUACAUCUGGUGACAGUUUACAAAGUGGCAGCAUUCCAUCUGCAAAUGAGCCCUUGGAACACAAACCUGUGUCCAGUUCAGCAGAACCUGACUUGAUCAGCUUUAUGGACUAUUCGAAACACAGCGAGACCAUAACAGAAGAAGCAAGUUAUACAGUCGAAUCGAGUGAUGAAAUAAAGAAAACCAGUGAUGUCCAGAGUGUGAAAAUGUCCUCUGUGCCUAAUAGUUUAUCUAAACGAAAUGUAUCUUUGACUCGAAGUCAUAGUGUUGGAGGUCCUCUGCAAAAUAUUGACGUCUCCCAGCGACCAUUUCAUGGCAUUUCAACAGUUAGUCUUCCAAAUAGUCUACAGGAAGAUGUGGAUCAUCUAGGAAAGCGGCCCAAUCCUCCUCCUGUGUCUGUGCCCUAUUUGAGUCCUCUGGUGCUUCGGAAGGAACUGGAAUCUUUGCUAGAAAAUGAAGGGGAUCAGGUUAUUCAUACAUCCUCGUUUAUCAAUCAACACCCAAUCAUUUUCUGGAACCUGGUUUGGUAUUUCAGACGUUUGGACCUUCCUAGCAACUUGCCAGGACUUAUUCUCACCUCUGAACACUGUAAUGAAGGUGUGCAGCUUCCUCUAUCAUCUUUGUCCCAGGACAGCAAACUGGUAUAUAUACAACUGCUAUGGGAUAAUAUCAACCUUCAUCAGGAGCCAGGAGAGCCUCUGUAUGUCUCUUGGAGGAACUUGAAUUCUGAGAAGAAGCUGUCCCUUCUGUCAGAGGAGCAGCAGGCAGCCAGCGCGUUAGUGGAGACGAUCCGGCAGAGUAUUCAGCAGAAUGAUGUUCUGAAGCCCAUCAACCUGCUUUCCCAGCAAAUGAAGCCAGACACCAAAAGACAAAGGAGUUUAUACAGAGAAAUCCUUUUCUUAUCAUUAGUGUCUCUUGGGAGAGAAAACAUUGAUAUUGAGGCUUUUGACAAUGAAUAUGGACUCGCAUAUAGAAGUCUGUCUUCAGAGAUUCUUGAAAAGUUACAGAAAAUCGAUGCCCCACCCAGUAUCAGUGUGGAGUGGUGCAGGAAGUGUUUUGGAGCACCUCUCAUUUAAAUAAGAUUCAUUCAAAUUUUGGUAGAGUAUUGGGGAAAUAGACCUGUCGGGAAACUGUUCUUCCCAAAUCAUAACUUGGUGAAAGCUGAGGAUGAAAUACAAAUGAACUGUAUUUCAUACUGAAUCUCUCAGAAUGUAAAACACCACUCAGUUCCCCAAGGCUUAUUGAUGUUGGAGAUUCCUGACCUAUUUCCCUGCCUCUGCUGAAAACGCAUAGUAUGUGUAAAAAAAAAAAUGAAAUUUUCAUCUUUCUAUAUAAUUUGCUUUUAUUGAAACUGUCCAGCUAGGGAAUGGCAAAUCAAAUUUGCCUAACCGAAAGACAUGCUAUAUUUCACUUACAAGAGUAGCUGUGUAUGAUUGUAUGUGUGAGGCUAUGUAGUCAAUUUAUGUGUAUGUGUGUCUAUUUAUUACAAUACUGAGGUUGCAUGUUGCAGCAGUUUUCUGAAGGAGGCCUCGUUGCCCCGUCAGUGACUACUACACUUGUUUGUAGUCAGCAGUUCCAAAAACAUUUAGGUCUUUCUUAACAACUGCCUUCCCUGUGACAUAUCUUUGCCUUUUAAAUUAUGUACUAUCUUGCUUAAUAGGUUAUAUCUUAGAUAUCCAGGUGCUCCUUUCCAUCUUCUUCCAAUACUAAGUUAAUCUGCAAUGCUUUCAUUGGAAUCCAAUAGGUAAAAUGAAAUUAAUUUUUGUUACCUAACAAAAUUAUCCAGAACAUGUUUUAAAAUGCUAAUGAAUAGUCUUUGACCCCAAAAUCCUUAUUCAGGCAGGCCACUUGUUGGUGUUGUUUACUUUUUUAUAAUCCUGGUUUCAUGGGAGACAGAGGCAGGAGGAUCUCAAGUUCAAGGCCAGCCUGAACAACCUUUAGUGAGCCCUGUCUCAAAAACUUGAAAGGAGAUCUAGGAAUGUAGCUCACUAGUAGAGCACUUGCCUAGCAUACAUGAGGUUCUAGGUUCAGUUCCUAGUACCACAAAAUAAGUAAGUAAGUAAAUAAAUACAUAGAUAAAACCUGUGGGAUGGAGAAUUUGCACUGCACAUAAAAGUUUUAUUCUUGUACAAUAUUUUGAUUUAUAUGCUUGUGAAUAAAAGUGUGUAUUUGUAAAUACUGUUUUUUUAGGUUGAAUCAAUUAAGUCUAAAAACUUUAAAGCUUAUUGAGCUCAUUGGCAGGUUUAAGGAAAUCAUGACCUCACAUGCCCCACCUUGACAUAAAUUGUGCUUUUUGUUAAAACAUCCAUUUAAGAACAGCAAGUUUGCCUUAGCUGUCUGUGUGGUUUAGAAAACCAGUGGCUAUGUGUGCACUUAUAAUAAUAGUGCAGAUGACUAAACCGGUUGACAGACUUACCUCAACAUGGUACACGCUAAUAGCAUGAAUCUCUUCAAUGUGGUGGGAACUUUUUAAAAUUAUGUACCAACAUUUCAAUGUUAACAUUAAAAGUUGUUAAUCUGACUUUGCAGAUUCUAGUCUGAAUUUGAGUGUUAAAAGUUUUAUCAGAGUUUUGUAAAGGCUUUCUUACAUUUAAAUUGGAUCUUUUACAGUUUCAAAUAUAUAUAUUUUUUACAGCUUAUACCUUAACAUUUAUUGACCCAACAAAUUUUGAAAUUAUCUUACAUAUAUAAAAUUAAAGUUGAAUAAAAAGAAAAACCUCAAGUUUGGUGUGUCUGUUCAAUUUCUAAAGCUGCUGCAAUAUCCAGGAUUUACUAUUCCAUUUUCUGUUUGAGGGGUUUUUUUUCUGCUCUGUGAAACUUGACUUGCUACUUGUUGAAAGUACUUUACUUACCAAAUUUAUGAGAUAGUUACAUACUUAAAAUAUGAAGUUACACCUUUUGUUAUCUUUUUAGAAACUUCAAUUUUGCUACCAUUUAGAUUCAUGAGAACCACUUUCUGGUGUUCCUUUGUUUUUUGAUUUCUGUGUAUCCCUGGCUAUCCUGGAACUUGGUUGGCUCUGUGGAUUAGGGUGACCUCAAGCUCACAGAGAUCUGCCUGCUUACCUGUGCUUGGAUUUAAAGGUGUAUACCACCACUACCCGGCUUUGUUCAUUUUUUUUUUUAAGUGCUUUCUCUAGUACCUUUGUAGAGAUAGAGAGGUACUAAUCACAUUUAUAGUACAGUCUGGAUUUAAUAGCUUACAGCUAAAUCCAGGAAUUUAAGGAUUCAGAAUUUGAGGCCAGCUUGGGCUAUAGGAGACUUUAAAAAAAAAAAAAAAAAAGUACAAAGUGGCUAUUAGCCAUAAAAUACAGGGUAACCACAGACCCAGAGAAGCUAAUUAACAGGAGGCCCCAAGGGAGAAUGCUUGAAUCUCCCUCUGAAGGAAAAAUAAAACAGACAUCAGAAGAGGAGGAAGGGGGAAUAGUGGAACAGGAGUGGGGAUCCUGUGUGUGUGUGUAAAAACGGGGGCAUCUCCCAGUUUAUGGGGACUCCUAGCACCUGGGGGAUAUGGAGACUGAAGUGGCCUCCUAUAGCCAGCCAGGUGGGACUUCCAAUGGAGGGAGAGGUCAUGAACCCAACCAAAAAACUUUCAAUCCAAAGUUUAUCCUGCCUACAAGAUGUACAAGGAAAAGACAACAGAGAUUGAGGGAAGGGUUUAUCAAUGACUGGCCCAAGACUGACAGGUUUAGGAAUUCUGAUAUUCACAGCCAAAGUUAACCAGCUUCCAGAAUUACAAUGUACUUGAACAUUGAUCAAUACCACCUGGGACUUAAUACUAGUUUCAGAGAUCAGUUAAAUCUUGGCAUAUGACAUAAGACAGAAUUACAGGCAACUACCAAAAGUGAUCCGAAGCACCUGGAAUGUUUUACAAACUAAAGGCUUUCAUUUGAGUACAGGUAAUUUGUAUUGUAAAACCUGUGCAUUAAAACAAGAGGUUGCCUUGUUCUGGUAGGGUCAUAACCUGUGAAUGGUGUCCUAACACCCAAGUAUGAAUUAACUCUUUAACUAGAAAAAAAAUCUUAUUAAGUUACUAGAUUAGAAUUCCUGGGGCUGGGGAUUUAGCUCAGUGGUAGAGCGCUUACCUAGGAAGCGCAAGGCCCUGGGUUCGGUCCCCAGCUCCGAAAAAAAAGAACCAAAAAAAAAAAAAAAAAUCCUAAACCUGUCAGGCAAUUUUAGAACACACCUUUAAUCCCAGUACAUGGGAGGCAGAGUCCAGAUAUGAGUUGCAGCAGGUGUGAUGGUCUACAGAGUGAAUUCCAUAACCAAAGUUAGACAAAAGAAACCCUGCCUUUAACUCCUCACCCCAAAACAAAAUCCAGAGCAGGUCCUUGGAAGGGUAUUUGCCAUUUUACUGUUUGCAGUACACCUAUGAUCAACAGUCAUGUGUAACAAAAAUAAGAUGGAGAAAGUAACUUGUUUCACAGCUUCUAACUUGUGAAACACAACCUAAACUACCUUCACCUAAGAGGGUGCAUACAAAUCAGUGGCAGUGACUGGGAAAGAAUGACUGAGGCCUAGGCUUAAUUCCUGCCAUUACCAUUCACCAAGAAUGCAACCUACUAGGCCAUUGCCACUGUAGAAAUUAGGGUACAUUAGGGGUAGCAGUGGAUGGGUGAUUCCUUUGGGACUAGUUAUCUUUAGUAAAGGCCUUUAAAAGCUGUGUUUCUUUAUUAACCUUAACGUUAUCGAUUUAAGGCCUCUUCUACGCCAUCCUACUUUUUAACGGUCUCCAAAUGUACUCAUUUACUUUGGGGUAGAGGCUAGAUGCACAUAAUUUGAAAAGAAUCCCUUGCCCCAUAUUCUAGGGAUAUUUGUAUAUCCUAUAUAUUUGUAUUCCUUUUUCUAUGACUCAUUUCUUUUCCUUCAUUUAUGUAGUUACAUUAUUAAUAAAAGCCAGUAAAAGAGAUUCAAGGUCUCAUUAUUUAUUUGUUACUCUUUAAAGACUUAUUUUUGACUGGACUCAGAUUUAGAAGUAGAAGCUCUCAGCGAAGACAGCCUACGUCUCUUGGCAAUCUGUUCCUGGCGCUUCUCUUUGGCUUCCUUCAUUCUCUUGGCCAAAAGUUUAGCAUAUUCUGCAGCCUCCUCCUUGUUUUUCUUAGUGCGUUGCUUCUUCAGAGCAAUACGUCGGCGUUUGUGUUGCAGGACACGGGGAGUAACAAGACGCUGAAUCUUGGGCGCUUUGGUCCUGGGCUUCUUACCUAAAAAUCCAGAUGAGUAAUCACUUAACAUCCACCAUGCUGGAUGGCGAUGCCCAGUGUAUAACACACGCCUAGCACACCCAAGCCCAACUCAGUCCCCACCAUCUACCCAAGGCCAGUGCUGUCCCCCAAACAUAAGUAUUACUCUGGCCCCAUGGUCUGCAUUGUUAUAACCCCACCGUAUUUUCAACUUCUCAUUUAUGUUUUAAUCCUAUUUUCAGUCCGUGCCUACUAUUAGAAAUUAACGGUAUGUUAUAAAUUAUUCAUUUUAGCCUUUUGGAUUUACACUCCUUACCCCACAUUACAGGCCUCUCUAGAAACAGAACCCUGCUAUCAUCUCAGCUCAGACCCUUGUAAAAUAAGCUGGAUAGCCAAGUUCUGCUACAGUUCAGCCACUCUGAACUGCUCAUGAGGGGAUGAUGGACCAUUUUUAAACCUUUUGUCAACUAAGUUACACAUUCUCUCUAAUAGCACACUCUUAAUACAAGUCAACAGUCCUGAGUUAUUUGUAUUAAUAUACAUGCUAUGCUUCCUACUGAAGCAUUAACAUUAUGAGGGCUGGAGAGGUGGCUCAGCGGUUAAGAGCAGACUGUUCUUCCUGCUCUUCCAGAGGACCACAGUUCAAUUCCUAGCAACUACAUGGUGGAUCACAACCAUCUAUAAUGGAAUCCAAUGCCCUUUUCUGGUGUUAGAAGGCGCAACAGUGUACUCAUAUACAUAAAAGCUUUAAAAAGUAUGUAUUUGUUCAUACAUUUCCCUUUAAAAUGGGUGUUUCUCCUGAUUUUCACAAUCUAUGUCCCAGAGAUGAAAAAUAUGUGGAGCCAUUCAUUAGUAAAUUAAAGUGGUUCUUCUGUAAUCCAAAGCACCAACUUAGAGCCUGGUCCCUCCAAAAUGUUGUCUCCUGCAAGUUGUCCUUUAACCCCCCCAACAUACACACAAAGUGCUUUAAAAGUUUUUCAUGUUAAAAUGAGAAUACUUUUGUAAAAAAUCCUUGUCGCUCCUAAUGCCGAAGCCAUGAAUUUAGCUGUGUGGCAAGCACAGCUGCAGCAAUAGCACAAAGGCCCAAAUCCCUGUUACCUUCUUUGUUUAAGGGCUUUCUGACAACAUACUGGCGGACAUCAUCUUCUUUGGAGAGAUUAAAAAGCUUUCGGAUUCUACUAGCUCUUUUAGGUCCCAACCGACGAGGCACAGUGGUAUCUGUCAGUCCUGGAAUAUCCUUCUCUCCUUGAAGAAACAAUCGGAAUUAAGACAUCAAAUCUGUCCCACUUUGGUCAAUGCCCCACUACCUAGGAGGCAGAACCUUGUGUCCAGGACAACCAAUUUCAACUAAUAAACUCCAACAAAAGCCUUACCUUUUUUUACAAUAACCAAGUUGAGAACACUCAGGUUGGCAUCCACAAUGCAUCCUCGGACAGACUUGCGCUUCCUCUCUCCAGUUCUCCUAGGUCUAUAACAAGAAUGCCCCUUACUCAAAAGCAGGCGCACUCUGCCAUGGGUCAAAACGCCUUGCUUCAUGGGAAAACCUUGUUUGUCAUUCCCACCGCUGAUCCGGACCACAUAACCCUGCAUCGAACAUAAAACGGUACAUUUACCAGUUCUGUUCCAAAGUGUGGUUCUUAACUUCUUGUGUGCAACCCCAUUAGGAAGAACAACUGAGUUCAACUUCAGCCACUCACUUUUUUGUCUCCGUUUCCAACUAAGGUCAACAAGCAAUCUCUCCAUUUCAACUUCUACUCCUAACUACCCAGGUCUUACUACAACACGCAAGACUUAAGGCCUUGAAUUAUAACAAGCAAGAGAGACUCCUCUUGGCACGUUUCCCCAAAUUUGAUUCUAGCAAUGAAACUUAACCAAACCCAACAGCACUUGCUGUGACGAGUUGGGGUAAUGAUGCCAAAAACUUUACCUUCCACUCUUCACCAAGAGCAUCAGCAGCUACUUCUGUGGCCAUGCGCUUCUCAUAGAACGUACGAAGCUUGCGUUCGUCAUCCACUUCUAUGAGUUUCUGACAGCCAGUGGCAGGGAAGGAGAUAUUCAGCUAGGAUUUUAAAGGGGGCAAAAGAAGACGACUUUAGGCACCUACACAACUUCAACAAUUCACGUGCGCAGAACGUUUUGAGCAGCUCCCACACACAGCAGAAAACCCACGACUCGGACUCGCAGGCCCUGCAAAGUGCCACACGUCAAUGGAACAUUUUGCCAAAGCUCUGUAGAAUGCUAUGAGGACGUCAGAGCAUUCACCCUCGCGAUCUCGGAUAGCAGAGUGUCCAGGAGGGGUCAAAUGCCGCGGGACACCCGCUGCAAGUGGGGCUUCAGGCCCGCAUGUGCCCGGUCGGGUACCGGGCGCCGCCAUUGCUCUACGUCCGCUGUCGCGGCGUUGCAAUCGCCCGCCAUCCGCUCUCCCAAAGGGUCCCAAGGCCCUAAAAGCAAGCUUCCUCCUGCCUCAGACCCUUCCCCGCUUAGUCCGGGUUUUGUGAAAGCCUGGGGCUGAGGCAGUCCCGCGUUCUGGGACUCGAACUGCUUCACUCAGUCCCAGUCAGGGACGCCUACCUUCAUCUUGACACAGCCGACCGCCUAGGAGGCGUCACGAAAAAGAGGCCCGACUUCCGCUUAGCCCAGGUCACAUAGCACUCUAAGUUCUCGCGAGAAUAGCCCGAGCUGGAGCCGGCGGAAGUGAGUUGAGGUGGGUGGUACUUCCGGGGGCGGUACUAGCCGGAAUAAUGUGAGGCUGGUUUGUAGUGAGGUGUUGGUUGGUAUUCUGGAUGUUCCCGGUGACAGGGCAACUUGUUUAUCACGAAUGUUAGCCGCUUCUUAGCUAAUUUUUCCCGUUUCCGACCAGACUGGUCCACUGAGGAGCCGAAUCCCCGUUUCCGACCAUGGUUUUUAGUAGUACCUAAAUGGAAAAGCUCGAUCAGAAUUGUCGCCCGGGCUGGCCUGUCCCUCAUCUCUGCGGAAGAUUUCCAGUUCAGGAUCUUGUCCUGGUCCCAGCGGUUGACGGGAGAAAUCUUGAAAGCCAGGCUUUGUUCUGCAUCGAUCAGAGUGACUCCUAUAGUCGCCGGACCGCAGAAGACAAGCAGUCCAGCCGAUCCAUCACGUCUACCUGGCACAGACAACUAUCAGAUGCCUCAGUCUUGAGCCUUUCGGCUUUCUGUUUUCUUCUGCCAAAACUUUCUGCUUUGUAGGUGGGGUGAGGGUGACAACUCAGAUCGGAGAUUGAACCUAGUCUCCCGAGUGUCACUGUCAUCUUCAGCUCUUUUUCAAAACAACACCAUUUCUGUGCUUCUCUUGUUUACUGCAGUUACAUGCUGUUCUGUCCGAACUCAAUUUUUGAGACUAAGUGUCUUUGUAUAACUCUGGCUGUUCUGAAAUUCCCUAUGCACACCAUACUGGUCUGCUUACUACUGUCACCCAUUUCUGACAAUGAAAUAUUGAUUAAGCCCAUCAUGCGAUGGAAUCAAAUGGGAGUUGCCUUUUUAUAACUGGCUGGUUUCAUUAAAUGUAGUCUUUAAGGUUUA